AUGUGGUGGCGGGGAAGUGUAGGUCAGGCCGUGAGGCGAGUGUCUGGGCGUGCCUGCUACUCGACGCGGCCGCAGGUGCUGCUGAUGGAUGAGGUGCAGCUCGCCAAGAAGGAUCUGGAGCGUCUGAGCUCGCACGCGGAAGUACUGCGCAACCACACCCAGAGCCGCGACGAGCUGAUCCGGGCGUUUUCGCCGGGUGGUCCGUUUGCGCAAGUGCGCGGCAUGUAUCGACACUUUGGCGGAGCACGCUCGAUCCGUGUGUCGGGCCGCUUUGAUCAGGAGCUGGUGGACGCGCUCCCCGAGACACUCAAGUUUAUCGUGCACAAUGGUGCAGGCUACGACCAGCUGGAUGUGCCUGCGCUUACACGGCGGGGAGUCCAGGUGGCCAAUGUGCCCACGGUCGUGAAUGAAGCCACGGCUGAUACGGCCCUGUUCCUGCUGCUGGGUGCGCUGCGUCAGUUCCCCCGGGCUAUGGGCCACAUGCAGCAAGGCCACUUUCACCGGCAUUUUUCGUUCAUGGAAGCCAGUGAUCCCGAGGGACUGACGCUUGGCAUCGUCGGUGCGGGCGGGAUUGGACGCACGCUUGCACGCAAGGCGGCGCAUGCUCUUGGUAUGCACGUCGUGUACUACAACCGCCACCGCCUUAGUGAUGAGCUCGAGACCCAGGGCAUGCCUGAGGGCGCACGCAUGGAGUAUGCGCUCUCUCUCGACGCGCUACUGGGGCAGAGUGACGUUGUGAGUCUGCACUGUCCGCUGACGCCACAAACGCGCCACAUGAUCGGCGCCGCUCAGCUCGCACGUAUGCCGUCGCACGCCAUCCUCAUCAACACGGCGCGGGGUCCCAUCGUCGACGAGGCGGCUCUGGUGGACGCGCUUGACCGCGGCAUCAUUGCCGGCGCUGGACUGGACGUGUAUGAAAACGAGCCCGAAGUGCACCCAGGUCUGCUACGCCUCGCCACGAGCAAGGCAUUGUUGUUGCCACAUGUCGGCACGCUGUCUCUGCAGACCCAGACGGAUAUGGAGGCGUUGUGUCUACGGAAUCUGGAGCACGGCCUGAGUACCGGGCGCCUUUUGUUCACGGUCAAGGAGCAAGAGGGAUGGGAUAUGAGUGCAUAG